AUGGACGGACCUGAUCAAAUCGGUCCCGACUUGCGACCCAAACGGUCCUGGCGAGACAAGACCAGGCGCAUCAUCAAGACCUUCACUACCAGAGAGGGACUUGUCGGAGAUUACGAUUAUGCCUACCUCUUUACCCCGAACAUCCCCUUCCUCAACAGGGGUCGGAAAUCCGCUCCAUUCUUUGGUCUGGAGGACAAAGUCCCCGUUCUUUUGGCUCUGCUCUUGGGACUACAGCAUGCGCUGGCUAUGCUAGGCGGAGUUAUCUCGCCCCCCAUCUUGAUCGGAGGCACGGGUGGUGCCAACUUCGGAACGAAGGACUACGAAUACCUGGUUUCGACCUCCCUCAUCGUCUCCGGCUUAUUAUCCGCCGUUCAGAUGGCCCGUUUCCACAUCUACAAAACCCGAUUCUAUGUCGGAACUGGUUUGAUCUCCGUUGUCGGCACCUCGUUCGCAACCAUCACAGUAUCGUCAGGCACCUUCAACCAGAUGUACACGUCCGGUUAUUGCCCGGUAGAUAGCGAUGGAAACCGUCUGCCAUGUCCCAAGGGCUAUGGUGCUCUCUUGGGCACUUCGUGUCUCUGUUCUCUGCUCGAGAUUGGCUUGUCGUUCAUGAGCCCCCGGAUCCUGAAACGCAUCUUUCCACCAUUGGUGACGGGCCCUACAAUCCUGCUGAUUGGUGCAAGUCUGAUCCAGUCCAGUAUGGAGGAUUGGGCGGGUGGCUCGGGAACUUGUUUUACAAAUGCCGCCAGUCGUGCGCUAUGCCCUAGUGCAGACUCGCCGCAUGCUCUUCCUUGGGGCAGCCCGGAGUUCAUCGGGCUAGGCUUUUCAGUCUUUGUGACCAUCAUUCUGUGUGAACGGUUCGGGGCUCCCAUCAUGAAAUCCUGUGCGGUUAUCAUCGGCCUGCUGGUUGGAUGCAUCAUUGCCGCCGCUUGCGGUUACUUCGAUCGCUCGAGCAUUGACGCUGCCCCGGUGGCCUCGUUCAUCUGGGUCCGCACUUUCCCUCUCACGAUUUACGCACCGUUGAUCCUCCCACUCCUUGCCGUGUAUAUUGUGGUCAUGAUGGAGUCGAUCGGCGAUAUCACAGCCACCUGCGACGUGUCACAGGUCGAGGUGGAGGGACCUGCUUUCGACUCUCGCGUCCAGGGUGGUGUCUUGGGUAACGGCUUCACGUGUCUGCUGGCCGGACUGUGCACGAUCACCCCGAUGUCCGUCUUUGCCCAGAACAACGGUGUCAUCGCCUUGACCAAGUGUGCCAACCGCAAGGCCGGGUACUGCUGCUGUUUCUUCCUGGUGAUUAUGGGGAUCUUUGCCAAAUUUGCCGCGGCGCUCACCUCCAUCCCCAGCGCGGUCCUGGGCGGCAUGACGACGUUCCUCUUUUCGUCCGUUGCCAUCUCCGGGGUGCGCAUCAUCGCGACCGUUCCCUUUACGCGGCGCAACCGCUUCGUCCUGACGGCCUCGUUUGCCAUCGGCAUGGGCGUCACGUUGGUCCCUACCUGGUUCUCCUACUUCUUCACCUACAGCGGGGACAACCGCGGGCUGACCGGCCUGCUCGAUGCGAUCGACCUGGUUAUGAACAACGGGUUCGCUAUUACCGCCAUACUCGGCGUGAUCCUGAACCUCAUCAUUCCUGAGGAUGCCGGUGAGGAGGCGGCCGUUGUCGAGGCUAGGACGGAGCCCCGGACUGUGGAGCAGCCGGAUGAGUCGGAGGAUGCCCGGUAUAUGAAAGGGGAGCAUUCGUCGGGGGCUCUUGCUGUAUAA